UGCUUUCUGCAAAACCAUGCAGUGGAGCAACAGUAUACGGCUCCUGAUUAUUGUUGCCGUUGCAGGCAUCGCACAAUCCUUCUUAUGGUGGCCACUUUACGUUAAAAAGGAGCAAUGGCUGAACAGCGUCUUAGUGCCGUCGGCAACAUCGUCCCCGCCGAAACCACCGUUAAGUUUCUCAGCUGAGGUGAGCUAUAGGACGGUGUACGAUUUUAUCGUUGUUGGUGGUGGUACUGCGGGUUCAGUGAUCGCUAGUCGGUUGGCCGAGUUACAGCAGUGGCGCAUUUUGCUAAUUGAAGCGGGCGGAAGCCAUAACGGACAGGAUCUUAGCUGGAACGUUAGAGCGGAGCCUCAGGCGGACGCUUGUCUCGGAGAACGCGAUCAGCGAUGUGAAAUACCAGCUGGUAAAGGAUUGGGAGGAAAUACGCUGAUCAACAACAUGCUGUACGUUCGAGGAAGUGAAACAGAUUACAACGCAUGGGCUAUGCAAGGGAAUGUGGACUGGGCCCACCGAAAUGUAUUACCUUAUUUUUUGAAACUCGAAAAUUUUCGGUACAACCUUUCCGCCAACUCACGACAACAGCGCGGCAAAGGUGGACCGGUUCCGAUAUUCGAAAUGCACGACAAGUCAUCUCUCGCGCAUACUUUCGUCUCCGCUUGCAAUCGUCUCGGUUUACGAACGGCUGAUUACAACGCAGAAGCGAAUCAAACCGUCGGCUAAGUGCAGUUAACGAAUCGCCGCGGAAAACGCGUUACUGCUUCCGAUGCGUAUGUUUGGCCGGUGAAACCACUCUUUACCAACCU